AUGUCCACCCGCUCCACCUCUGCCGGCAGUGGUGCUGCUGUGCCAGAAGGAAAGGCAAGGCUUCUAUACUGCAAGUCCCAUGUGGCUAUACAUCCCACAGCGUUCAAGACCGACAAUAUAUCUGGAUAUCUCGGUGUAGUAGAAACCCAGUCCAGUAAGCCUCAGCCGGCGGACGAAGAGGCAAAAGCUGGUCAGCUCAGUGUGGCAGGAGAAGGUUUGCUUGUGACUUGGGUUCCCGAUGAGGUCUUAGAACGCAUGGACGAGCACGACAGAGAUGUAUACAAGAAGCUGGGUCACAAGGAGGAGGGCGAUGAGGAGGAAGACGGAUUUGUGUUUGUCUCGGUGCCGCCACCCAAAGGAGAAAAGUAUGCGUUCUCAGUACCCGUCACCAACAUUUACAGCAUUCUGGUCUACCCUCCCAGUCUCUCGCAUUGGUACGGCUCGGCCACGAUCAAUUUGACCGGUGGCAUAUCAUUACCGACUCUCUACUUUCACGACGAUGAAUCGCCUCUUCUCGCCUCCCCGAAACCCUCACCACAACCCGAUGCUGCUGCCCGCCCAACACCUAGAGCCAGAUGGGGAUUCCCACCGAUCCUUUCUCUUCUCGAAAGUCGCGCAGUCCUGGUCCGGUCUCGCCUGCUACAGGGAAAGCGCUCAAUGGGCGCAGAACUGUGGCUGGUAAAUCCUUCCAAAUCUGAUCGCGAGGUACACGAAGCUGGCGUGCCAGAUGAGGAGCCAGAGACGGUUCCCACACGCAAGCCUCCCCAAACUCAACAGACCAACUCGCCGCGGAAGGCCGAGUACCCACCCAAGCCCGACUAUCCCGCUGUCUAUCCCGGUUUCGCCGGUAUUGAAAACCUCACUCCAAAGCAAAGCAUUCUCACAGGCCUCUCGAGUCUCACUAGCCUGUCCCGCCGCAAGGCUUCCCAGCUCCUCUCCCAUCCUCUCGCCCAGCCUGUUGUACCCCAUCUUCCCCCGGCGUUCAAGUCACUCGUAAAUGUCCCCGGAGAAUGGGAGCGCAAUGGUAGAACGCAGGGCGCGAAUGCUCAGAAUGGGGGAAGGGGCGGCAGUGAUGUCGCCUCGGAGUUCGAAUCUGCGCGACUCUAUCUGGCAAAGUGGGCAAGAGUAGUGGCCGAAGAGGGCGAACGUGCCAGGCGAGAGGAACUUGCAGCUCAGGCUCGCAUUCGACCUUCUUCCCCAACAGCUUCGACUGCCGAUGUUGACGAGGACCUUGCUUCAAGUCUAGGCGUAUUCUCUCUUCUACCGAAAUCAUACGCCAAGAGGCCUGUGCCGAGCUCCACUCGUCAUCCUCAGAACCCCAUCAGCUUGCAAGACUGGGUCACUUUUGAGGUAGAGGGCAAAGACGAGCUUUUCGUGAGACAGCAGAUAUUCCGUCGAGGCUUCUCGACGCUUCCUGUCGACGGGCAAGCCUUGAGAGAGGGCUGGGAGGUACUCUUGUCCAUCGUGCCCUGGCACAUCGGUGGAGCAGACACUUCCUCUGAUGGAUUGGGGAAGCGAUGCCAAGAGAGGAAUGAAGUCAGGGAUGGGAAGCGACAGGUGUACGAAGGGUUGAAGAGGAAGUGGAAGGCCGACGCCGACGAAGGAAGGGGUGAUGAAGGGUGGAAAGAAGAAUGGCAUCGGAUCGAUGUGGACUGCAGAAGGACGGACCGUAAUCAACCCAUCUACGCUGUCCCGUCCGAUUUGGCAAAGGCCAAUGCACACGAGAAGGAAGGGUCUACCCAGGUUCACGAAUACGGAGAUGGAAACGAUGAGGACGAGGAGGGUGGUAUGGCUCCUUUGAACCAUCAUAUUGCUUCUCUGCGGACGAUCCUCAUGACAUAUCACACAUACUCACCAGAGCUUGGAUAUGUGCAAGGUAUGUCGGACCUCCUCAGUCCGAUUUACGUCAUAUUCGAUGGCAACGAAGCAGACUCUUUCUGGGGGCUGGUCGGCGUGAUGAAGAUGAUGGAGAGCAACUUUUUGCGAGAUCAGAGUGGCAUGAAGAAACAACUCAGUCAACUGCAACAGCUGAUUGCAGUCAUGGAUCCCGAGCUUUACGUCCACCUUGAACGCACCGGCUCCUUGAACCUCUUCUUCACCUUCCGCUGGAUCCUCAUCAUUUUCAAGCGCGAGUUCCCUUUCACCACCAUUCCCCGUCUCUGGGAGAACCUCUUCACGGGGUACUACUCGAACCAGUUUGUGAUCUUUGUGGCACUCGCCGUGUUGCAGAGUCAUAGAGAGGUCAUCAUCAGGUAUCUGGUUGAAUUCGACGAGGUCCUCAAGUAUGCGAAUGAUCUCAGUGGAACGAUCGACUUGGAAAGCACCCUUGCUCAAGCCGAAGUCCUCUUCAUAUCAUUCCAAGCGAUGGUCGAAGACAUCGACAAGUCCACUGCCGAAGAACCUCAGCAAGGCGAACUUAGACAGAGGAUCACAGGAAAGGGCAAGGGCAAGGAGGCCGAGCCACAGGAGGAACCAGAGGUUCUCAGGGAGGAGCAGCAGAAGGUACAGGCAAAGAAGCUGAUUUCUAGUGAUUUGAGAGAGCUCCUGGUUGGUUGGACGCCGGGACAGGAUGAGUGA